AUGAUUCAAUUCCGACCAACCCGUGCAAAGGUUCGAACAUGGACCCAGCUCACGUAUAUCUCCUUCUGGUUCUCUGACACUGCAAAUGUCUACAAACUCUAUGUUGCUUCAACGGGUAUAACUGUUGACCUCAUUGUGAAUCUUAUUUCUAAUGUGGCGGACCUGCAACGAUACGCCCGAAAGUCCAACGAUGCGAUCCUUGGACAGAUCAUUGGCGAACCUCUAAUGUGGAAUCCAUUGGAUUUCCUAGACAUGCUGAUAGCGGGCGAGAGAUACACUCCGGUGAACGGAAGUGCGUGCGCCUUUAUUGCUCUCGCUUUUGCCCACGCCACCGUCUUCUCAGCCAUUUUUGAGCAAUCCAUUUCGCCAAUCUACCCUGCAUUUCUCUUUGGUCAUUGUACACACAAGCAGCAGCUCGACCUGAGUCACGGAAUGUUGGGAGCAAUAGAUGCGGUGAACAACACCAGCAGCAGCAGCAGUUACGACUUCAGCUCGAUUCUCGACUAG